AUGGACAAACUCGAAAACAGGAACAUUCUUAUUACCGGAGCCUCCAUGGGCAUCGGCGCGGCCAUCGCUCGCCAUCUCGCCGCCUUUUCGCCCAAUCUCAUCCUGCUCUCACGAUCACAGACAAAGCUCGACGCCUUGUCUUCGUCCCUCCGCUGCAAGACCCUCACCUACGCCGUCGAUGUGCAAGACUACGCCGCUGUCAGCGACGCUGUUGCAUCAGCCGUGAAGGAGCUGGGCACCAUUGACGUCCUCAUCAACAACGCAGGGCUGGCAUUGGGAGCGCCAAGCCCAUUCCCCAAUCUCACGAUUGAGCAAGUCACGCAGAUGAACGGGACCAAUGUCAAUGGGAAUGUACGAGAGGCCAAGCGCGGGACCAUUCUCAACGUCACGUCUACCACGGCACUUGAGGUCCCGCCGUUCCCCGGCGAGUCAGUCUACCACGCCAACAAGGCACUGCAGGAGGGCUUCACCAACGCGCUGCGCGUCGAGCUGACCGGCACCGAUAUCCGUGUCCUCGCCCUCCGACCAGGGGUGGUGGACACGCACUUCCACCGGCAGAGAGUUGGCUACGAUGAGCAGAUGCAUGACGAGUUUGUCGAGGGGUAUGAGCCCUUGGUGCCCGAGGAUCUGGGCCCUGCCGUGGAGUACAUGCUCAAGAGCCCGGCGGGGGUGAGCGUCAAGGCCGUGGACGUGGUGCCCAGCGCGCAGAGGAGCCUGGCCAGCUUUGACAGGACGUGGAACGACAGGAAUGACAAGAGGUGA